CCACGGGAUGUUCGGUUGUUUCUAGGCCUUCUCACUGCUCUUAUGCAAGUUUCAUCGCGUUCUUCUUGUUCUGAGUUUGGUGGAGGAUGAAACUAAUGAUAGGAUCAGUUAGUUGCGUUGGAAGACUUGAGCGGUCAACGACGAAGACGACGACGAGGAGAAGAAGUAGUUGAAGUGGUGGGCCUGAAACCUCGAACUAUGUGAACAUCUGCGGCUUACUUCAAAGUGCUUUUGAAACCUCAAAUUUAAACCAAGAAGUGUUUUAUGCCACUCGAAGGGUCAAAGAACAAAGUUGUCAUCCAUCUGCCCGUUGUCUUGGGUGGUGUGAAGGAAGAGUCACGGGUACUCCAGAUCGCUCAGUCUCUAAUCUCUAUUGCCUAUUCUCAUCAACGUCUUCAUAGAAGUCUAGUGAAUUAAAACUAGACUCGAUUCAACCCAGCCGUCACAAUGUCAAUGACGAGCGAAACGACGAUUGACCAACAACAAAGGUUGGUGGAUCACCGUAGAAAUGCGUUGGUCCCCCUACCCCAAAUCCCCAUGAUUGAGUCUAUGCCCGAUCACAUCGAUGAGUCUCAAAACAACCUUAGUGUCAAUGAUUCCAAGUCUAUGAGUGACCUGAACGACGAGUACAUGCGAAACAGCUCGCAAGACCUGGGCGAGGACGAGGACGGGCAAGAUUCAAUGGAAUUGCAAAAUAAAGAGAACAGCCUUCUUUCCCAUUCCGAGUCGGAUUCAUUCCUACCCGAGUCUUCUCGUCAUGGCGGAAAUGGUGGGAUCACGUUUGUGGCUCAGAAACCCAGCAUCAAUCACAACGCAUCGUUCUCACAAAUGUCCAUUCGUUCCAAGAAGGAGAUCAUCAACGAUCCAUCGCUCGACAUUAGUGAAUGGAAAAAGAAAGGAUUAGACUCGUUGCAAGCGGUGGCCUCGGCUUUGUAUUGCAAAAUCUUGGUCAUUCUUGGACUGGCUUUCCCAAUGUCAGAGGUAAUAUCCAGCCAAGUGCCUCGAGGAUAUUAUCAAUUGUUCUACGUCUACUUAUUCUUGGGGAGUCUUCUUUACCUGCUCUUCGUUUACAUCGAUCUUCUUCGGAAUCGAGCCCAUCGAGCCGUACUUCGACGUCGAAAUUGGAUGGAGAACAUAAAAAAGAAGAUCGUUAUUGGAGAUGUAAAAGCUGCCAAUCCCUCGGGUGAUUCCACUUUUCCUACCGAGGAUGAACUGAAACAGCUUUCGCCCAGCCCUAUGCAAGUCUACGGUAGCUUCUACAUUCGCAUGGGAGCAGUGCUGUUCGGAAUUGGCAGCAUGAUCUAUUGUGGAAUCGAAAUUGGAGUCUUUUUCGAGCUUCGGAUCACCAAGGGCUCUGGUUGCCAAACCAUGUUCGUCCUUGUUCGACCUCUGUUGAAGAUGAUUUUUGUGUUUGUUCAAAUGUAUUUCAUAUUUUUGAACCAAAAGAUGAACGUUUACCGACGCAAACUCAUCACUAGAUUUGGCUUGAUGCACAUGAUUGCAACGAAUAUUUGCAUCUGGCUGCACGUCCUUAUUCUUGAAACUUAUCACGAGAUUACGGAAAUCACUCAUAAAGCACAUGAAGGAGGUCAUCAUGAGGACGAUCCUCACGAUCAUCAUCACGACGAUGCUCACGAAGCCUUACUUGCCGACUGCUCAACCGAGUACAAUGUCAUGGGUCAGCUUCUGGCAGGAUCUGGUCCAUUUUUGUUCCCUUGCACCAUCGAGUACAGUCUGAUUUGUGCGGCCAUUUUGUAUAUGAUGUGGAAGAAUGUGGUGGAAGAGCACGAGCAUUUUACCUUCAAGAAGCGGAGGAAGAAGAUCUCGAUUAAGAUGAAGAUCCCUAUGCCCAAAUCCGACUUGGAUCCGGGACAAGGUCAACAACAACGGUACUCUGUCGAUUGUUCCAAUGCCAACAAUGGGCUAUUUUGUGGAAUUUUCGUCAUGGUCUUCACCAUCAUCUCGCUCGUGGUGUUUUUCGUCCUCAUCAAAUCCACCGACGACGUUCUACACCAAGCUGCCAUUACGGUGGCCUCAUGGACCGAGGUCAUUUUGUACACUUUAACCACAUUGGCAGUCAUCAUAGGAAUGAUACAGAUUCGCUCUCUUUGGUACGACUCGAGUAAAAAGAUCGAAUUGGACAACUUCCUUUUGGUUGUCGCUCAAACUGGGGUGUUGAUUUACUCCAGCUUCAGCAUCAUUGGCGCCUUCUUCCAGUGGCAAGAGCAUCUCAUGGCUUUCAUUGCUUCUCUCGUGACCCUCAUUCAAACCAUGAUGCAAACUGUGUUCAUAUUGGACGCCUCUAACCGGUUUGCUUAUUGCGCCGAGCAAGUGAAACGCAAACCCGGACGAGAGGUUGUGACCUUCCUGUUGGUCUGUAAUCUUGCCAUGUGGGCUAUCAAUACUUUGGAGACCAAUCGAGCCGAUUCACACCCAAUUCAGGUCAAAUUCUACGGAGGCGAAUGGGUGUGGCCUAUCAUAACUCAUUUCUCCAUGCCUUUGGCCAUCUUCUAUCGAUUCCAUUCCACCGUGUGUUUAUGCGAAAUUUGGACCAACAGUUUCAAGUACAAAGAAUUUCUAUUCGAAGUAUGAGGCUCAGCCUCAAUCACAUGGGAGAGACUCCCGGCUUUCAAAGAGCCUAAAACAAUGGAGCAAUAAGCCGAAUUGAAAUACAGGACAUUUAUAUUUCUACUGUA